UGUUACCUCCCUCGGCGGUGAUGUCACCGGCUCAGGGGAGCUUGAGCAUCCUUACCAAAGACAGGCAAACAAUAGGGCCAUUUUGACCGCUUCGGAGCGUGAAGAACCAGCCGAACAUCCAAACAACCGAGCGGCCACCUUCCUUUUCUUCCUGGGUCCCAACUGACAAGGCAGAACAGAGGGGGGUGGGUUGGUCGGUAACCUCAGCUCUUCGCGUUUUCAUGGAGAGAAGAGGCUGUUAGCACGGCCGGUGCCAGACCUGGAGGAGACCCGAGGAGGUGGAAGUAGCUUCGGAGACGAGCACGACAAAUACGGUCUCUACACGGGAGAAAACGUUAUUAUCACAGGGGAGACCUGCUGGCCCUACACCUGGGUACUAAAGUAGGCACCCCAAGGUGCUAGGAAGAAAGCACCAUGGCAGGGGCCUCUGUGAAGGUGGCGGUGCGUGUCCGCCCCUUCAAUUCAAGGGAGAUUGGAAAAGAAAGCAAAUGCAUCAUUCAGAUGUCCGGAAACACCACCACCAUCAUCAACCCCAAGCAGGCCAAAGACAACAAGAGCUUCAACUUCGAUUACUCCUACUGGUCUCACACCUCGCCAGAGGACAUCAACUUUGCCUCUCAGCUGCAAGUGUACAAAGACAUUGGAGAGGAAAUGUUGCUGCACGCCUUCGAGGGAUACAACGUCUGCAUCUUUGCUUAUGGUCAGACAGGCGCUGGCAAGUCUUACACCAUGAUGGGGAAACAGGAUGUCAAGGAUCAACAAGGAAUCAUUCCCCUGCUGUGUGAAGAUCUUUUUACCAAAUUUAAUGACAAUGCAGACAACAGCAUGUCCUAUUCUGUGGAGGUAAGCUACAUGGAAAUCUACUGUGAACGUGUGCGGGAUUUACUGAACCCCAAAAAUAAAGGGAACCUGCGUGUCAGAGAACAUCCUCUGAUGGGACCUUAUGUUGAGGACCUGUCCAAACUGGCUGUCACCGCCUACAAUGACAUCCAGGAUCUGAUGGACUCUGGCAACAAGGCCAGGACGGUGGCUGCCACCAACAUGAAUGAGACCAGCAGUCGCUCGCAUGCUGUCUUUAACAUCAUAUUCACCCAGAAACGCUAUGAUGCUGAGACUGAUAACACCUCUGAGAAGGUCAGCAAAAUAAGUUUGGUGGAUUUGGCUGGGAGUGAGAGGGCAGAUUCUACUGGAGCCAAAGGAACUCGGCUUAAGGAAGGAGCAAAUAUCAACAAAUCUCUAACUACACUGGGGAAAGUCAUCUCUGCUUUGGCAGAAGUGGACUCUGGGCCAAAUAAGAAUAAAAAGAAGAAGAAGGUGGAAAGCUUCAUCCCUUACAGAGAUUCAGUUUUGACCUGGCUACUGAGAGAAAAUUUGGGGGGGAAUUCUCGUACUGCGAUGGUAGCUGCCUUAAGUCCAGCUGAUAUCAAUUACGAUGAGACCCUCAGCACACUCAGGUACGCAGAUCGCGCCAAACAGAUUCGCUGUAACGCUGUUAUCAAUGAGGAUCCCAACAACCGAUUGGUGCGAGAGCUGAAGGAGGAGGUGUCUCGUCUGAAAGAUCUCCUCUUCUCCCAGGGCCUGGGUGACAUCAUUGAGACAUAUCGAGCAACUGGUGAUGACAUAGAGGGUUUGAAAUUGACCAAUGCCAUGACGGGGAUGAGUCCCUCUCCGUCUCUCUCAGCCUUGUCCAGCCGUGCCGGAUCGAUCGCCAGUCUUCAUGACCGCAUCAUGUUCAGCCCAGGCAGCGAAGAGGCAAUCGAGAGGCUGAAGGAAACAGAGAAAAUCAUUGCUGAACUCAAUGAGACUUGGGAAGAGAAACUUCGUCGAACAGAAGCCAUUAGAAUGGAAAGAGAGGCCUUGCUGGCAGAAAUGGGUGUAGCAAUGCGAGAAGAUGGUGGGACAGUUGGUGUGUUCUCUCCCAAAAAGACCCCUCAUCUGGUGAAUCUCAACGAGGACCCUCUGAUGUCUGAGUGCUUGCUGUACUACAUUAAAGAUGGAAUCACCAGGGUAGGUCGUGUUGACGCCAGCAGUCGUCAGGAUAUAGUCCUCAGCGGCCACUUCAUCAAGGAUGAGCACUGCACCUUUACCAGUUCUACUGGUCCAAUGGGAGAAACAGUUGUCCUUGAGCCGUGUGAAGGAGCAGAGACUUAUGUUAACGGGAAGCUAGUAACAGAGCCCACUGUCCUAAAAUCAGGAAAUCGCAUCAUUCUGGGGAAGAGCCAUGUGUUCCGGUUCAACCACCCUGUGCAGGCCAGGGCUGAGAGGGAGCGGACUCCAUGUGCAGAGACCCCUGCUGAGCCUGUGGACUGGGCCUUCGCCCAGAGGGAGCUGCUGGACAAACAGGGGAUUGACAUGAAACAGGAAAUGGAACAGAGGCUGCAGGAGUUGGAAGACCAGUAUCGCAAAGAAAGAGAGGAAGCCAACAACCUCCUGGAACAGCAAAGACUGGAUUAUGAGAGCAAGCUGGAGGCUCUCCAGAAGCAAGUGGACAGUUACUACCCAGAAGCCCCUGAUGAAGAGGAAGAACCAGAAGAGGAAGUGCAAUGGACAGAGAGGGAAAGAGAGCUGGCUGUGUGGAGCUUUCGUAAGUGGCGGUGCUACCAGUUCACCUCCCUCCGUGACCUGCUAUGGGGGAAUGCCAUCUUCCUUAAGGAGGCCAAUGCUAUCAGUGUGGAACUCAAGAAGAAGGUCCAGUUCCAGUUUGUUCUACUCACAGACACUCUAUACUCCCCCCUGCCUCCAGACCUGUUGCCCGCAGAGGGAACUAAGGACAAUGAGAAGCGACACUUCCCACGCACCAUUGUAGCCGUGGAGGUACAGGAUCAGAAAAAUGGAGCCACCCACUAUUGGACAUUACAAAAACUAAGACAGAGACUCGAUCUCAUGAGAGAGAUGUAUGAUCGCGCUGCUGAUGUGCCCAACAAUACCACUGAAGACAGUGAAAAUGUAAUGACUGGAGGGGACCCCUUUUAUGACCGCUUCCCUUGGUUCCGUCUGGUUGGAAGAAACCCCAUUUUCAACACAUGCAUGAGCGAGCGCAUGAGUGACCCUACCCCAUCCCCGACCCUCUCCAACUCUGAAAUUACGGAGCUGGCUGACCCACAGCGGGAGGGUCAAGGGGAGGAUGAUGAGUUGGAUGAGUUGGAGAAGUUGGAUGACCUGGACGAUGAUAUCUUUUUGGACGACCCGUGCUCGGAGCUCGGGGGAGAGGAUGAUGAUGAUGAUGAUGAUGAUGAUGAUGGUGAUGAUGAUGAUGAGGGAGAGCUCUGCCGUGGCUCCGGCGAAGGCCAGGAUCCCUUUUACAACCGCUCACCAUUAUUCAGUGUAGUGGGAAGGGCUUUUGUUUAUCUGAGUAACCUGCUGUACCCAGUUCCUCUCGUCCACCGCGUGGCCAUCGUCAGCGAGAAGGGGGAAGUGAAGGGCUUCCUCCGAGUGGCGGUGCAGGCCAUAUCAGGUGCUUUGUGUUUCCCUCCAGCUGAUGAGGAAGCUCCUGACUAUGGCUCAGGAGUAAGGCAGUCAGGCACUGCCAAAAUCUCAUUUGAGGAUCAGCAGUAUGAAAAGUUCCAGUCCGAGUCCUGCUCUGUAGGACUGUCCCGUACAGGGAUUUCACAGGAAGAGCUUCGUAUCGUGGAGGGGGAGGGGCAGAAUUCAGAACUGGGACCCUCAGCUGAUGAGGUCAACAAUAACACAUGUGCGGCUGGUGCAGAUGAGUUGGAGAGUCCGCUGAAGAGUCUGGUGGGCCCGCUUGACACAACUCUGGAGCACCUAAAGAUUGGUAAUGUUUUUACCUUCAGGGUGACUGUCCUUCAAGCCUCCAGCAUCUCUGCAGAAUAUGCUGAUAUCUUUUGCCAGUUUAAUUUCAUUCACCGCCAUGAUGAGGCCUUUUCCACUGAGCCCCUAAAAAACACAGGCCGCGGCCCCCCUCUUGGCUUCUACCAUGUGCAGAAUAUUGCUGUUGAAGUGACUAAAUCCUUCGUUGAAUACAUCAAGACUCAGCCAAUUGUGUUUGAAGUGUUUGGACACUACCAGAAACAGCCUUUUAUUCCACUCUGUAAAGACGUCAUCAGUCCACUACGUCCCUGCAGAAGACAGUUCCCCCGAGUGAUGCCUCUGUCCAAGCCAGUUGACUCUGACGCCUCGCCAGACCGGGAGAAAUCGCUGGACCUGAUCCGAUACCUGGUCCCAGAUGUGUUCAAUGGGACGCUGGUGGACUCGUUGUCAGACCACGCUCUGUCUGCUGCUGGCUUGGCUGCUUCCUUCCUACUGGAAGGAACUGAGCGAGCUCAGCUGACAGCUCCACCCACUUCUGUCUGUUCAGUUAUUAAAGCUCAGAAGCCGGUACCUGCCACUAAGCUGACAGCGAUGACGCGCCCGCAGGCAGGACCCUGUCACUGCAAAUAUGAUCUCAUGGUGUUCUUUGAGAUCUGCGAGCUGGAAGCCACUGGAGACUACAUCCCUGCAGUAGUGGACCACAGAGGAGGAAUGCCUUGUCAUGGCACAUUCCUACUGCACCAGGGCCUCCAGAGGAGAAUCACUGUUACCAUUGUACAUGAGUCAGGAGGUGACAUGGAAUGGAAGGACAUCCGUGAGCUUGUUGUGGGUCGUCUCCGCAACACCCCUGAAGCCGAUGAGACCAUCAUUGACCCCAAUAUUCUCUCUCUCAACAUCCUGUCUGCUGGGUAUGUCAGGCCCAUGCAAGAAGACAGACAGUUUCUUGAUUCGGACAUGCCUAGGACUUUCUACCGCUUUGAGGCCGCUUGGGAUAGCUCCAUGCACAACUCCCUGCUCUUAAACCGAGUCACUCCGUAUGGAGAGAAAAGCUACAUGACCUUAUCAGCCUACUUGGAGAUGGAGAACUGCCUCCAGCCUGCAAUCAUAACCAAAGAUAUCUGCAUGGUGUUUUACUCUCGAGACACAAAGCUCUCAGCCUCCCGCUCUAUUCGAAACCUUUUUGGUACUGGAAGCCUGAGAGCGGCGGAUGGAAACCGUGUAACUGGAGUUUAUGAGGUCAGCCUAUGUAACCUAGCAGAGGCAGGAAGCCCAGGUAUGCAGAGGAGACGCAGGCGGGUGCUGGACACCUCAGUGGCCUACGUCCGUGGGGAGGAGAACCUGGCUGGGUGGAGGCCCCGUAGUGACAGCCUCAUUCUGGACCACCAGUGGGAGCUGGAGAAACUCAGCCUCCUUCAAGAUGUGGAGAAGACCAAACAUUACCUCCUUCUAAGGGAGAAACUGGAGUCUACCCUGCUCAUGGGCCAUGAGUCCCUGCAGACCUGCAUCACUGAGGAGCUGAGUGAGUCUCCUCAACCCCCCGAGGUUGACCCGGAGGUCAGCUCCAGCUCAAAAAUCAUCACUGAGAGGCAGAGGGAGCUCGCUGCUAAGUGUUUGCGGCUGCUCACUCACUCCUUUAACCGAGAAUACAGCCUUGUAUGUGUCAGCGCCAGUGAAAGCAAGAUCUCAGAGAUGUCAGUCACAAUGCUAAGAGACUCUGCUUCGAUCCCUGCUCUCAACACAAUCACACCCUCCUCAACAUGCCCUUCGCUGGUUGAUGGUUGCUAUGGCAAUGCUGAACUCAGAGUCCCUAUGCCUCGCUCUCGUGCCGUCAGCCCUAGUCCUAACACAGAGCAGGACGCAGAGGCUAAGAAGUCCAUCAACGGAGCCUCUGAAACCAAACUACGGACCUGCAAAUUUGUUCCUGAUAUCCAGGAAAUUAGAGUCAGCCCCAUUGUGUCAAAGAAGGGUUACUUACAUUUCUUGGAGCCACAAACCAACGGAUGGGUGAAGCGCUAUGUUGUUGUGCGCCGGCCGUACGUCUACAUCUACAACACAGAGAGAGACGCUGUGGAGCGGGCUAUCCUCAACCUCUCCUCUGCCCAGGUUGAGUACAGUGAGGACCAGCAGGCAAUGCUGAAGACCCCGUACACAUUCGCAGUGUGUACAGAACAUCGUGGAAUAUUGCUUCAAGCCACUAAUGACAAAGAGAUGCACGACUGGCUGUAUGCGUUCAAUCCUCUCCUUGCUGGAACUAUCAGGUCAAAGCUGUCGAGAAGACGAGCCGGACAGAUGAGGAUGUGAAACAAGACUCAGAACAAAUCUCAUGAAAGAAGAAUGAAUGCAGAGACUAAACAUGUACAUAGAUCCUUGUCCUUAUCCCUAACCUUGUGCUGAGCCCUAACCCGCCUCCACAGUCACCAACAACCAUCAAAGCGUCCAUUCCGUGUCGGGCCCUUGCUGCAGUGUGGGUCUUAUAGUCUGAAGAACCUCUUGAAGAAGAUGUCACUGUACAGUACUGGAGUUUAUUCAUAGCUGGAUGAUUGAAGAAAAUGGAGAAAGUAGCAACAGUUUCUUAUCUCAGAACACAUACGUAUAGUAAUGUACUGUAGUUGUUGUCAAUGACACAUCAAGCCUUAUACAUUUACAUCUUUAAAAAAUGCACUGGCAUUUGUUUUAACCUAAAGCUGCCAUGUCAGUGAGGAUUUCAUUGCUAAUUUGUAGUAAAUAGAAAAUCAUGCAGAUUCUCGAGUCUACGGCUAUAUAUACAAUGUCUAACCUGGCUUGCAUACAACGUACAGAUAGAAAAUACACAAUAAAUUUAAAAAAAUGAAAGGUGAGUGUAACUCUUUAGUAUAAUUCUGUUUUCUUUCUUUGUCUAUAAAUGACAUCUGCCUCCUCUUCUUAAAACUUCUUUGAAACCUUAACACACAGCCUGGGAAACAAGCGGCAUAAUGGAUCAUGUUCUUUCAGCAUGUUGAUCAAUCCAUGUUGUUUAGCUACUUGUAGGAGCAUCAAGGGUAUUUACAUUCACAU